UCCAUUUCCGGGUUUCCACGUAAAAAUAGCUAGUUCAUACACUUUUAUAUAUUUAUUUACUUUUAUACCGAAUCCAUCGUCCUUAAUAUCCGAAGUUUAUGUUGGGCUUCCGGAUCUACGGGACUAAACCUCAACAUUGGCGCUGUCUGUGGGAAACAAAUAAAAAAGCAUACGUGUUUUCUGAUUCUACAAAAAAUUUUGAUGCAAAAACCUGCAAAUUACAGCAAGAAAUGAAGGAAAAAAUGAUUCCUAAAAAAUUAGAAUGGAAACAGGAGUUCAAGAUCCUGGAAAACUGGAGACUUGACGGAAGGUGCAGCCACCUUCACCGUCCAUAGUGGCCGCCACAAGCCGGAGCCCGGAUGCCCUUGCUCGCAGGAACUCGCUGCUGCUCAAAGGUGGGAAACGUGGGAACCAACUACUGCCUUGGGAAAUCUGAAGAAGAUAGAAAACGGGGCCCACAUACCCAGUAACUUGAGAUAAGAAAAAUGGUUGUCUACUCUCACGUGGGAAGACUGACGACAGGGUAGUUGCUGAUGUGACAGAUUCAUGGUUAUCCGAAAAUUAAAACAAAAAUCCAUGCCUCGCACCCCGAACGCCAAAGCUAACAGCUGCGCUCGAAAGGAAAUAAAAGAAGCCACCACUUUCAAUAGAACUAGGCUGAACGGGAGUUCUGUCCUCGCUUAGGCCGAACGAGAGUUCUGUGCUCCAUAUCCAGGUGGGGCCCGAACCAACGUUGGAACUGCAGGUCCACUCUAGCAGCACGAUCCUUGUUCAAAUUACUCCUGCCACAUCCAGACAAACGGAAAUAACACGAAGUAGUUGAUAAGGUCAAAGCAAAGGCCUCCUUCUCGAACGGGAACUCCGAACUCCGAGCCUAGAAAGGAACCUGAGGCCCUUGGCCAUACCGAUCACCCCGCCGGACCUGCAGGGCAGGCUAUGCCUAUCAACAGAAAAAGGAUGACCAUCCCAACACAGAGAGGCUCGGACGGAAGCAUGCCGCUGAACGUGCCCCGUGUCCAAGAACGGUUUGAACCAAGAGCAGAACCUGCACAACGUAAAAGACAAGGGAAUGAACUUCCCUGGCACUUGCAACCCGAACGAGAACUUCAAAAAACCUGCCCAGCUAAGAACGUAAAUUCAUUCUAUUUAUAAUUACACCAAGCCGCCAGCACAGGUGCCUUCCCGAGCGGGAAAUAUCCUGGGAACAGGGCCUAGCUUUGCCAGAAUAUCAAGGGGUCAAAGUAAUCCUACGCCCCUGACAGAAAACUACGCACCGAGAGGAGUUUGGGUAGAAAAAAUCUACAUACCUUGAUGGAUAGUGUACCCGGGGGUAGCUUAUCCGAAGGGUUAUCGCGGAGAAUAACUAGAGAGAAGUCAGAGCAAACAAGUAAGAGAGAGUAUGUAUUUGAUAUGAAUUCAACGUGGUUUACAAUGGGAAAAUGGGCUGCUAUUUAUAGCAGCAAUAAAUGCUAGACAGGGACACAUGUCAAGCAUCCGAUGGCCGGGGGUCACCUCAAUCGGGGUGGCACCGACACUUGCAUGUGGCCGCAUUAAAUGCGGUGGUUGGAUGCGACGUUGUACUUGGUACAGUGAUUCAGGCGCAUGUGGAGAGGAGAUCCUGUCGAGGAAGACACCUUCGGCUGAAGGGUGUUGGACCGAAGGCUCUUCUUAUCGGGGACCUCUCUAUGCCGAGGGCGUCAAGUGCCGAAGGCUUAGUUUUUAAGCCUUGUUCUCAUGUGAUGUUUCUGAGCCCGUUUCCGUCACGGGUAGCCUUCGGCCAUGGGGACGAAGGCACCCCUUUGUGUAUUGUGGGCUGCUUAGAGCUUCAUCUUGCUGGGCUUGGCCCGUUUGGGCCUGUUGGGCCUGAUUGCGGUAGUGGAAGUAUGUGGGUCGGGGGUCCCUGGGCCAUAUACUCCAUCAGGAGUCUCUCACUCUUUUACCGAAAGGUACUUGAGGGAAAAUGAGUAAUUGUGUUUGUCCUCCGAUGCUGCCUUGCUGUAGGUUGUAAAGUUUGCGAGAAGUUUCACCUCUGCGCGUUUUGCCGAGGGUAGUCCCUCAGUACCCCACAUUCCGGGACUUGAAGGAUUAUGUUGAUGUUUUGGGGAAAGUUUAACAUUUUGUGAUUUUUCCCGGAGGGGUCCUCCAGUCUUCCACUCCUUGAGGCACAUGUAAUGUGGUGAAGAGGAGUAGAGCAGUGUCUGUCUUCAAUAUGGGGCCGAGGGCUGACUAUUUUCGUUUCAUUUUGGGGGGAUGCCUCGUUAAAAACCUCAUUAGGAAAACCAUGUGGGAAAAAAUCUUAAUGAGGGAAAAAGAGUGCAACGAAUUCCCCCAAUGAUGAAUCGAAAAGGUUAACCCUUGGUCUGAGUGUAGUGUCAAAUGUCAAUGCCAAAGGCUAUCCUGAUAUGAGGGCUUGCUUGUUGAAUUGAAAAGGCCGAAGGCUACCUUGGUGAUAUCCCGGUGAUACCGAGGGGAGUCCCUCAGUCAUUAGGGCUGAGUGCGUGUUGACAUAGGUGAUAGCUCCUGUGUUGCCGAGGGGAGUUCCCUAGCUCUUGAUAAGUUGGACGCUGAGGGCUCCCGAAGGGUCCCGUUAUUUUAUGCCGGAGGCUAACCAUUGAUAAGGGGUUUGAAGGUGUGUCCCCGGGGGGUUCCCUGGUUCUCAACAUGUUGAGGGCUAAGUGUUCCUGAGGGGUUUUCCCGUUUUGAAGCCGGGGGCUCCCCUUGAUGAAGGAGUCUGAAGGAGUUAGCCCGAAGGCAUGCAUAGUGUUGUUUGAGGGAUGCCAGAUGAGGGAACCUUAGUCUGUGAAAGAGAGUCGUUGAGACAUGACCGUUGGAAUAUGAUAUGAUCGUUGGAAUAUGGACCAUUGGUGGUGGGGUCCACGUGGCGGCUCCUGGUUGGAUGACCUCGGGUGGGUGCUACCGGUUGGCGGAGAUGACGGUUCGUAAUGAUGACUUUGGUGACCGGGGGCCCAAUUUUUGGCCCAAGCCCGGAGUUGGGAGUCUAUAAAUAUCCCAUGGCCAGGGGCAUUCUGUUAGUAAAUUGAUGUAACGUACCUCAAAAGUACAGUAGUGGAAGUUUAAAAUUUUCCCAAACAGAUCUUCCCUGAUUAUGACAAAACAACGAAUAAAACAAUAAUAACAGAUCCGAGUCAGA